AGUUGUAUCUUCUAUCCAGUUAAAUCAGGACUCAGAAGCAGUGUCAAUUAGGCUAUCUAGCGUGCUGUUGGCUAAACUAAACUUUCCUCUACACAACUGCCUCAGUCUCCACUCUUCUAUUAGUUGAGUUGACUAAGAUACCCAUUAGUCCAUCAGGUUUAGCCUAAUCUCUUGGCUUCAUACCCAUCAGAGGGACACUCAUCUCCUGCUCCUUCGCCCGAGUGAAGAUGUCUCUCCAGGCUCCGCUCCUACCUGCAGUGGGCCUGUCUCUGGUUCUGGUUGUGUUGGCUCUGACAGGGCUGUCCCAUGCCCAGCUCCAGCCCAAGGCUUCUAUCCUGGAUUUCUCAGUCAGCCUGGGUAACCUCCUCCCCAGCCUCAGCCGUCCGGCCAACUCCAGCCGGAUCUUCUACGGGGUAAUGUUUGACGCUGGCAGCACUGGGACACGCAUCCAUGUCUACACCUUCAUACAGAAAGACCCUGAGGAGUUACCAGUGUUGGAUAAUGAGAUGUUCCAUUCCAUCAAGCCUGGUCUGUCGGCAUACGCAGACAUGCCUGAAAUGGGUGGGUACACAGUGAGGCAGCUUCUUAAGGUGGCAAAGAAGACUGUCCCGCAGCUGGAUUGGAAGAGAACCCCACUGGUCCUGAAAGCUACAGCAGGAUUCAGGCUGCUGCCCCCAGAGAAAGCCCAGGCUCUGCUGGAACAGGUGCAUGACGUGUUUGAUGAAUCUCCCUUCUUCGUCCCAGACGACAGCGUCAGCAUAAUGGAUGGUACAAAUGAAGGAAUUUUGGCGUGGGUUACUGUGAACUUUUUGACAGGUCACCUGUAUGCUGAGACCAGGAACACAGUGGGGAUUCUAGAUCUGGGGGGUGGAUCAACUCAAAUCACUUUCCUACCCAAAUCCAAGAAAACCAUUGUAAGUUCUCCUGCUGACUACAUUGCCAGAUUUGACAUGUUCAACUCUACAUAUGAACUGUACACUCACAGCUAUCUGGGUAAUGGACUGAUGGCAGCCAGACUGGCAGCCCUAGGAGCACUGGGGGCAGAAGGGUUGGAGUGGAGAGUGUUCAAAAGCGCCUGUCUGCCCAAGAAGUUCAGAGAGGAGUGGAGCUUUGGAGGACUCACCUACACAGUCAGCGGGAUCCCUGAUGGUUAUGCAGGAUACAAGCUGUGUUACCAGGAGGUGUUGAAUGUAGUAAAGGGAAUAGUUCAUCAGCCCUAUGAGUUGAAAGACACCAGUGUGUUCUAUGCUUUCUCCUACUACUUUGACAGAGCCGUGGACGCAGGCCUUAUUGAUGGGACCCAAGGAGGAAUGCUGGAGGUCAGAGACUUUAAGAAGGGAGCUAAAGAGGUGUGUAACAAGAUGUCUAAGUACCGUCCUGUCAGCCCCUUCUUGUGUAUGGACAUGACCUACAUCACCUGUCUGCUCAAAGAUGGCUUUGGCUUCAAAGAGAACACUGUACUGCAGCUGACUAAGAAGGUGAACAAUAUUGAGACAAGCUGGGCGUUAGGUGCCACGUUCAAACACUUCCAGAACCUAAAGAUCCACUGAGAGACAUAAGCCACAGGGUUGGGUGGGCAGGUGGGAUCAGUGG